AUGGCCAAACGUACAAAGAAGGUUGGAAUUACUGGUAAAUAUGGUACACGUUAUGGUGCCUCACUUCGUAAAAUGGUCAAGAAAAUGGAAGUAACUCAACACGCAAAAUACACUUGCUCUUUCUGUGGAAAGGAUGCCAUGAAGCGCAGCUGUGUUGGUAUCUGGUCAUGCAAGCGUUGUAAAAGAACUGUAGCUGGCGGAGCUUGGGUAUUCUCCACCACUGCUGCUUCUUCUUGCAGAUCUGCUGUCAGAAGGUUACGUGAAGUCAAG